CAAAAACAUGAGAGUCCCAUUUCCGCAGCGUGAUCUUGGUUCCCAACCGUCCCUCAAUCCAUGACAGUCGCUCGUUUGACAAGAAAUCCGUCAUGAUGAUUUACACAACUACCGCAGUCACUCUCUUGGCCGGGCUAGGGGCCGCACAGAAGUUUAGCAUCGCGACGCAUGAUGAUAUCGUCGCGUCGGCCAAGACACUCGCCUCCGAUCUCAUGGCGCUCUACAGCGGCGACCAGACGGGCGAGACGCCAGGUCUCCUACCAGGCCCCCCGCCCAUCGGCGACUACUACUGGUGGGAGGGAGCAGGCUUCCUGGCCACUUUCAUCGACUACUGGCAUGUCACCGGCGACGAGACCUACAACGACGUCGUCACGCAGGGGCUGCUGUUCCAGCGGGGUCCCAACGACAACUACAUGCCGCCCAAUGUCACUGCCCAGCUCGGCAACGACGACCAGUGCGCCUGGGCCCUGGCUAGCAUGAUUGCGGCAGAGAACAAUUUCCCCGAGCUGCCCAAGGGACAAGCGAGCUGGGUCGCCGUCGCCGAGAACGUCUUUAACAAUAUGGUUGUGCGUUACGAUGACGGCACGUGCGGUGGUGGGCUGCGGUGGCAGGUUCCGCUUUCCAACAGCGGCUAUAACUACAAGAACACCAUGUCCAACGGGUGCUACUUCAAUCUCGGCGCCCGCCUCGCGCGAUACACGGGCAACGAAACAUACGCGCAACAGGCUGUGCAGACGUGGGACUGGCUUACCUCGGUUGGCUUCAUCGACAACACGACCUUUGCAGUCUUCGACGGCGCACACGUUGAGGGGAACUGCACCGACAUCAACAAGGCCCAAUUCUCAUACCCGGCCGCUCUUGUGACCCAGGGUGCCGCCUACAUGUACAACUACACCCAAGGCUCUACCCUCUGGAAAUCCCGCCUCGACAGCCUCACCACCGCCACCCUCAAGAUCUUCUUUCCCAAAGACAUCGCGGUCGAAGUCGCCUGCGAGGCCCGCGCUACCUGCACGACUGACAUGUUCUCCUACAAGAACUACCUGCACCGCUAUCUCGCCGGCGCGGCGCAGCUGGCUCCUUACACAGCCGACAAGAUCCUGGCCGUGCUGAAGACGUCUGCUCAAGCGGCCGUGGGACAGUGUACGGGUGGGGAUUCGGGGAGGCAGUGUGGGUUUUAUUGGGCGGAUGGAAAGUUUGUUAAGCCGUCAGCGACUGGGGUGGGUGAGCAGAUGGAUGUUUUGGGAGCAGUGGAGGCGUUGUUGGUAGAGGGGCUGGCGGGGCCGGUUACCGCGGCGACGGGUGGUGGUAAUGGUACUUCGGGCUCGGGGAGUUCCGGGUCGGGGACGAGCACGGGGAGCACGCCGGGGGCUUCGCAUACGUCUGGGGCCAGGCGGGCGGAGAUUGGGCUUGUGGCUGGGCUGAUUGGGUUGAUGGCUUUGGUAAUGGUCAACUAAGAGAGUAGAGAGGUGAUUAGAAUUGCCCGAAAUGGUCUAGCAUAUCCGUGUACAGAUUAGAGACGAAACACACUGUUUCUGUUGCAUGGCUUCCAACACAUAUGUGCUGUAGUACCUGUUAAGUGGGACUAUGUAUGACGGGUUGGGCUAACAGAACGGCGCGUGCCGCAGUCUCCAAGUAAUCACCAG